CUGGGUCAUUUGAAGGCCAGCAGCCUCGGAAGGGUUCACACCAAGUUCACUCGCAUAUAUUAGGCAAUUCAAUCUUUCAUUCUCUCUGGCAAAACUAGUUGGAAACGAGCUGCACGGGGGGACGGAUAACCCAUUCGUCAUCGGAGAGGAGAACGUGUGCGUUUUAAAAACGCCGUCCGUGAUAUUUUUGGGAAGAGCAAAAAGAAAGAUAUCCUCCAGCUCCGGUGGCGCGUUCCACACAGCUGGCUGCUGGGAGCCGGGACGGGGCGAGUCAAUGAAAACACGGCGGGGAUAUUAUUAUAUCAUUAUUAUUAGAUUAUUAUUAGUAGUAGUAGUAGUGGUAUUAUAAGUCCCGUUCACACGUCCUUGGCGGUGCAUUGACUUGGCACGAGAGAAGAAAAAAUGGAAAACGAGCAUUUAGAAGGAGCCGUGGAGCAUUUUUAGUCCGAGGAAAUCCAUGAUUCCGGUGCGGGACGAAGCAGAAGUAGAGGAGCGAAAUCCGUCGUGCCAAGAACGAGAGGAGGAGGAAGAAACAGAAGAAGAAGAAGGAGUUUGAUGGAGUUGUGUGCGCUUUACGCCGCUGAUUUUUCUCCAUAACGCACAAGCAGACUGUGGCUGAACGGCGCGCCGGCAUCAUGUUUGACUGCAUGGACGUGCUGGCCGUGAGUCCCGGACAGAUGCUGGACUUCUACACGUCCAGCCCGUCCUCGUGCAUGCUGCAGGAGAAGGCUCUGAAGGCGUGCAUCAGCGGACUGGCGCACAGAGAGUGGCAGCACCGGCGGAGCGCACACUCCAUUGAAACACAGAGCACCAGUUCUGAGGAGCUGGUCCCCAGCCCGCCUUCCCCGCCGGCCCCACCUAGAAUCUACAAGCCCUGCUUCGUCUGCCAGGACAAGUCCUCUGGUUACCACUAUGGUGUCAGUGCUUGUGAGGGCUGCAAGGGUUUUUUCCGCCGAAGCAUCCAGAAGAACAUGGUGUACACGUGUCACCGGGACAAGAACUGCAUUAUCAACAAGGUGACGAGAAACCGCUGUCAGUACUGCCGCCUGCAGAAGUGCUUUGGAGUGGGAAUGUCCAAAGAGUCUGUUCGAAAUGACCGGAAUAAGAAAAAGAGGGAGAGCCCAAAGCCCGAGCUGGCAGAGAGUUAUGAGCUGACAGCUGAGCAGGAGAACAUCAUUGAAAAGAUCCGUAAGGCCCAUCAAGAAACCUUCCCCUCCCUCUGCCAGCUUGGCAAAUACACCACGAACUCGAGUGCAGACCACCGUGUGAGGCUGGACCUGGGCCUGUGGGACAAAUUCAGCGAGCUGGCCACUAAGUGCAUUAUCAAGAUCGUGGAAUUUGCCAAACGCGUGCCUGGCUUCACAGCGCUGACCAUCGCCGACCAGAUCACUCUCCUGAAAGCUGCCUGUCUGGACAUUCUGAUCCUGCGCAUCUGUACAAGGUACACCCCUGACCAGGACACCAUGACCUUCUCUGACGGGCUGACCCUCAACCGGACGCAGAUGCACAACGCUGGCUUUGGGCCGCUCACCGACUUGGUGUUCACUUUUGCCAACCAGCUGCUGCCCAUCGAGAUGGACGACACGGAGACAGGCCUCCUCAGCGCCAUCUGUCUCAUCUCCGGAGACCGCCAGGACCUGGAGGAGCCCUCCAAGGUGGACCAGCUCCAGGAGCCGCUCCUAGAAGCUCUGAAGAUCUACGUGAGGAAGCGGCGGCCCAGCAAACCGCACAUGUUCCCCAAAACCCUGAUGAAGAUCACAGACCUGCGCAGCAUCAGCGCUAAAGGAGCAGAGCGGGUCAUCUCUCUGAAGAUGGAGAUCCCGGGUUCCAUGCCGCCGCUCAUCCAGGAGAUGCUGGAGAACUCGGAGGGCCAAGAUGGCCAGAGCAGCAGCAGCAGCGCGUCGGCCGAGGCGGGGGCCAGCCCCAGCAGUAAAGGCAGCCCCAACGAGGACGCCGCCGAGUCGCCGGAGUCGGACGCCGAGGGGGCCACGCCCAGCGACGAGCCCUAGGAGGCUCUCGAUGACAUUCCUUUGCACAAAGAAGGACCAGCACCUCUAUAACCCCUCCACCGCCACUCCUUUGCUUGGUAUUCCGUUCUCGUUACACCCUGGUCCUAUUUUUCUCCCCCAUGUCCCCUAAAGUUUCCUUCCUUAAACAGAAUACGUGAACACGGAGGCCUCAAAGGAUCAGUGCUUUGUGUAUAAUUCAAAAUUGAGCUCUUAAUUGGAAGGUGUCUCUGGGACAGGAAGGGCGCGGCCCUCGCAAGCCGCCAGAGAUGAUACUCCUCAGGUCUCCUGUGUAAAUUCUUAUCUGCAUGACGGGAGUUGGAUAAGUGGUUUUACUCCUCUUUCUAUGUCCUCAUCUCUUCUCAUUUCUCGUAUUGUUGGCACACGUGCAUUGUACAUACCAUUGUAUGGUUAGAUCUCUGUUUCUAUGAUGAAUUUUGUGGUGCUUUUUCAUUGUCUUAAAUAUUAUCUUUGAGGCGAUACAUCAAGGUUUAAAGCGGGACUACUUGUAAGUCCUUCAAAAUGUUAUCUAGAAUGUUGUUGCAUAUAGACAUUACGGAAGUCUAAUAUUUUAUAUUUGCUCCUAUAUUUAAAAACUGUUUUUUUCUCGGUUAAUGUCUCUACAUGAUCGAGUGUGCAUCCACGCCGCCAGAAUGCAAAGCUUCUCUCCAUAACAACAGCCGAGUCCGUUCCACUGUUUCCUCAAAGGAGAGAAGCACAACAGCCGAAGCCUUUGAUACACACUCUUCAGAUUGGCGUCGUCUGUUUAAGUCUCGGUCUCGACAUGAAUCACCGAGACCCGACGAAUGGGAUUAGAUUUCCAACGAGCCGGUCUAUGAAAUCAACUCCUCUGGUGGCUGAGUCAGUUUGCCUCACUUUAACAACCGAUGGGGACAAUGAGGCCGCUGAUAGAUGCCAGAGGGUUCUCCACAGCAGGCUGUGAUCACAUAGGACUCUUUUUGGAUCCAGUUCCCUGUCAUUAACUGGACCAUGAUUCAACUCAAACAGUGUCGCACUUUAUUAUCAUCAUCUGGUCAGUUGAGAGGUUUAACACGCUAAAAUCUGAUUCCCCCACAGCAUCACGCUUAUAUUUAAGUGUCCAUUCUAUGAGGAAGAUGCCUGGCUGCUCGCUAUUUCCUAAUCUCAUCUCCACCAACAAGAUUUUGUUGAGUGGAAAAGAAGGUCUCAUUGCCAGGGAAACUAAUGCAUUAGAGCAUACGUAGGAAGACAAAUGUUGGCACAGCAACAACUAAACGGAGAUGAAAAUAAAUCCUCAAAACGGACGUCAUGAAACAACGUCCUCCCCCCCCGUCCCAGCACUCAGCAGACAGGAGAUGACUAACAUAUUCUUUGUGAAUCUUUACAAUCAUUUACCGAAAGAACCACGAAGGUCCGACUAGCUGCACGAUCCAAGUGUUUUUCAUUUAGUUCUUCAUUUUUAAAACUUGAUAUUUUUAGCUUGCUAGCUCGAAGGUUGUUUUUUGUAGCGAAGGGACUUUAACGGUAGCACAGAGAGAGCGGACAUGUCAGGCUUCAUCCUGGUAAUGGACUUCCGUUGAUCUGGACCAGA